GUCUAGUAUAUAUAUACCUCCAUUCCAACACUCUUUUUCCCAAUCUCAAACCUUCCCUCCACACAAUAACAAUCUAUAUUGCGAGUGUGAAACUCCACUAUCAUACUAUAGAGAACAAGAAUAACAAAACUAGUGUGUGAAACCACAAAAGUGAUUGUUAUAUCCAAACAAUGGAAAUGGCAUCAGAUAAAGUUGUGGAAACAGUAAUAGUUGGAAACUAUGAAGAAAUGGAAAAUGAAGGAAAGCCACAAGACAUAAAGUCCAAGUUAUCUAACUUCUUAUGGCAUGGUGGUUCUGCUUAUGAUGCUUGGUUUAGUUGUGCUUCCAACCAGGUGGCUCAAGUUCUGCUUACGUUGCCAUACUCAUUUUCUCAACUUGGAAUGCUUUCUGGCAUACUUUUUCAACUCUUCUAUGGCUUACUUGGUAGCUGGACUGCUUACCUCAUUAGCAUUCUCUAUGUUGAAUACAGAACAAGAAAAGAAAGAGAAAAAGUUAACUUCAGAAGCCAUGUUAUUCAAUGGUUUGAAGUUCUUGAUGGACUCCUUGGGAAGCACUGGAGAAACGUGGGCUUGGCCUUUAACUGCACAUUUCUUCUGUUUGGAUCUGUUAUCCAACUUAUAGCUUGUGCAAGCAACAUAUAUUACAUAAAUGAUAAUCUGGACAAGAGGACUUGGACAUACAUAUUCGGAGCAUGUUGUGCAACCACUGUCUUUAUUCCCUCAUUUCACAACUACAGAAUCUGGUCCUUUUUGGGUCUUGUUAUGACCACUUACACUGCUUGGUAUCUAACAAUUGCUGCAAUCCUUCACGGUCAGAUGGAAGGAGUUAAACACUCAGGUCCAAACAAAAUGGUUCUAUAUUUUACUGGGGCCACAAACAUUCUCUACACAUUUGGGGGACAUGCCGUUACUGUGGAAAUAAUGCACGCUAUGUGGAAGCCACAAAAGUUCAAAGCCAUAUAUUUAAUGGCCACCCUUUAUGUUCUGACACUGACCCUUCCAUCAGCAGUAGCAGUAUAUUGGGCAUUUGGUGAUAUGCUUCUAAAUCACUCCAAUGCUUUUGCUCUUCUCCCAAAAUCACCCUUCCGUGAUAUGGCUGUCAUUUUAAUGCUCAUUCACCAAUUUAUAACAUUUGGAUUUGCAUGCACUCCAUUAUACUUUGUUUGGGAGAAAGCAAUAGGAAUGCAUGAGUGCAAAAGUUUGUGCAAACGUGCAUUGGUGAGAUUACCAGUGGUCAUUCCAAUAUGGUUCUUGGCUAUUAUUUUCCCUUUCUUUGGUCCCAUCAAUUCCACCGUUGGAUCUCUCCUUGUUAGUUUCACCGUUUACAUCAUCCCGGCCCUCGCAUACAUCUUCACCUUCAAAUCAUCCUCCGCCCGACAGAAUGCUGUGGAACAACCUCCCAAAUUUGUUGGAAGAUGGGUAGGAACAUUUGUGAUCAAUGUGUUUAUAGUGGUGUGGGUCCUAAUUGUGGGAUUUGGAUUUGGAGGGUGGGCCAGUAUGGUGAAUUUCAUACACCAGAUUGAUACAUUUGGACUCUUCACUAAGUGUUACCAAUGUCUUCCUCCACCGUCGGCUCUUCCGGCCAUGCCGCCGCCACAUCAGGUGAACGCGACCGCGCCUUCGCCUCAUCACCACCACCACUGAUGGAGAGUUGAGUUGUAAUCUUUGAUGAAUUGAAUAGUGAGUGGUGAAGUUUGAAGUGCAUGUUCUAGUUGUUGUAUGGAGAAUGAUAAAUCAGAAAGUACUUGAUCAGUCACAUCGUGCAUUUGUUAUGUAUUGGUUGUGUCAUGAGUUAGUUAUAAUCGAUGUAUUCUUGUUCAA